CGUCUCUCUCAAUCAUACCAUCACAAACACCAACUGCAACUGGAGUAGAUAGCGCUACCUCUCUCCGGGCUGAAAGCUACUGGCCAUUAUCAUUGUUCUUCCAGCCAUGGAUCAGCUGCUGGCCCUGGCGGUGGCAGUCCCGCUGUUUGCUCUUGCCAGUGCACUUGCUGCUGCCUCUGCUACGCCGGUCAACAAGUCCUGCCUCAAUGGUAGCACCGGCGCCGCCGUCAGCAUAGGGUACGGUGGUGCCAGCGCUAGCGCUGGCGCCGGCGCCGGCGUGUCUCUUGGCACCGACGCGUACUGGUUGGCCUGCCCACUUGCCGAGGAGAUCGUCCGCGACGUCGUGGAGAGGGCUGUCGCCGCCGACCCCCGCAUGGCGGCGUCCCUCCUCCGUCUCCACUUCCACGACUGCUUUGUCAAUGGCUGUGAUGGCUCCGUGCUCUUGGACGACAAGCCGUUAUUCAUCGGCGAGAAGACGGCCGGGCCGAACGCAAACUCGCUCCGGGGAUUCGAGGUUAUCGACGCCAUCAAAGCCGAGCUCGAGAACGCGUGCCCGGAGACCGUCUCCUGCGCUGACGUCCUCGCCAUCGCCGCGCGCGACUCUGUCGUGGCAUCAGGCGGGCCGAGCUGGCAGGUGGAAGUCGGCCGGAAGGACAGCCGCACGGCGAGCCUGCAGGGCGCCAACACCAACCUCCCGGCGCCCACGUCCGGCGUCGCCACCCUCGUGCAGAAGUUCCGGAACGUUGGCCUCUCGGCCAAAGACAUGGUCGCUCUCUCCGGCGCGCACACCAUUGGUAAGGCGCGGUGCACGACGUUCAGCGCACGCCUCGCUGGCGUCGGCGCCUCGGCCGGCGGCGGUGCCACUCCAGGUGACCUUUCGUUCCUCGAGUCACUGCACCAGCUGUGCGCAGUGUCCGCCGGCUCGGCGCUGGCGCACCUGGACCUUGUCACGCCGGCCACUUUCGACAACCAGUACUACGUCAACCUGCUCUCCGGCGAGGGCUUGCUGCCGUCCGACCAGGCGCUGGCCUCGGCCGGAGCAGCUGCUGCCGGGGCGGAGGACGUGGCCGGCCUCAUCGCAGCCUACGCUUUCGAUGCGUUGCUCUUCUUCGACGACUUCGCAUCAUCUAUGCUACGGAUGGGGAGGCUGGCGCCGGGAGCGGGCACCGCCUCCGGCGAGGUCCGCCGCAACUGCCGGGUGGUGAACUAGCUAGCUAGGUUGCUGCAUGAAACAAGAAGGAAGCUGAUUAUGCUCCCAAAAUUAAUUAGGAGUAUCUGUGCAUCAGAUAAUUGCGCCAGCUAUAUAUGUAUGUGUCUGCUAGUUUCUCAAUCUAGUCAUGUAUCGUUAAUUAGCUAAAAAGAUGAUAGCUGGAUUAUCCAUUAUCUUAAAAAAAAUUAACUAAUGGUGUCUGAUAUUUGAUUUGUUUAGUUAAUCAGCUUAUCUGAUAUAUAUAUGACUAUCCUGCAUGUAAUCGAAUAACUAUACUAAUAAAAUCGGGCAAGUCAUUUUCAGUCA